AGUAGAUAAAAAGAAACUCAUCGUUAUACUAAUCUUUGUCUGCACACCGACUUUCCCACAGUACUAUUAAUCAACCCCAGUGUGAGUAUAUAUUCAGACGGUUUAGAGUUUGAAGUCUUGAUUAAUUUAAGCCAUGAUUCCCCUUUUAGCUAUGGCUGUAUCCCUUUUUGUGUUGAUAAUUCCUUCAAUCAUCUUGUACAAAUUAUGUUGGAUUCCUCUUCGUCUUCAACGUUUGAUGGAGUCUCAAGGAAUCAGAGGCCCUCCUUACAGAUUCCUCCAUGGCACCACCAACGAGAUCAUCAAGAUGAAUCACCAAACAAAAGAUGCAGCUACCAAGGACAUAUCUCAUGAUAUAUUUCCAAUAAUUCAGCCUCACUUGUAUUCUUGGAUUAAAUUAUAUGGAAAUAAUUUUCUUCACUGGAUUGGUACUGAACCUGAAAUUGUUGUUACUGAGCCAGAGUUGAUCAAGGAAAUCCUCACCAACAAAGAAGGUACAUAUCCAAAAACCAUAGUAAGAGGCUACUUCAAGCAAUUGUUAGGAGAUGGACUUGUUGUGACAGAUGGUGAAAAAUGGUCUAAGCUUAGGAAAUUGUCUAAUCAUGCUUUCCAUGGAGACUGCCUCAAGGAGAUGGUACCUGCCAUGGUUUCUUGUGUCGAGACCAUGCUUGAGAAAUGGAGGAGUUACCAUGGUAAAGAAAUCGAGGUAUGCAGCGAAUUCAGGCUUCUUAGCUCAGAUGUGAUUUCUAGAACAGCUUUUGGAAGUAGCUAUUUGGAAGGGAGAAAGAUAUUUGAUAUGUUGUCCAAGCUUGGUGUCUUGAUUUCCAGAAAUGUGUUCAAGAUCAGACUUUUUGGUUUUGGAUUUAUAAGAACACGGGAUGACAUCGAAGCAGACAAAACCGAGCUGUUGCUUCAUGAUUCUAUCAUGGAAAUAGUAAAGAAGAGACAGUUUGAGGUUCAAAGUGGCAAAGCAGACAGUUUCGGUAGUGAUUUUCUAGGAUCGCUCCUAAAAGGUCACCACGAUACAGAUCCGAAGAGCCAGAUAUCAGCAGCUGAGAUCAUCGAUGAAUGUAAAACCUUCUAUUUUGCUGGACAAGAAACAACUUUCAGUUUACUGUCAUGGACCACAUUUCUCCUUGCAAUCCACACAGACUGGCAAGAGAGAGCCAGGGAAGCAGUGUUACAACUUUUCGGUCAACAAAAUCCCAACUCUGAUGGCCUUUCCAGAUUAAAAACCGUUAACAUGAUAUUAUAUGAAACACUGAGGCUAUACAGCCCUGUCACUAGUAUUCUAAGGAGAAUAGACAGCAGAGUGAAGUUGGGAAAAUACGAGUUUCCUGCAAAUAUGAGAGUUUCUAUUCCGCCUCUAGCCAUCCACCGGAAUCCUGACAUAUGGGGUCAAGACGCUCACCUUUUCAAACCGGAAAGAUUUUCUGAAGGGAUGGCUAAGGCGAUGAAUGGCAACCCCACAGCCUUUCUAGGAUUUGGAUAUGGGCCACGAACUUGUGUGGGCCUCAAUUUGGCGAUCAGUGAGGCAAAGAUAGCGCUCUCGAUGAUCCUCCAACGCUACAAGUUCACACUCUCACCGGAGUAUGUUCACUCGCCUUUGAUAGUCCUCACUGCUCACCCGCAGCACGGAGUUGGGAUCUUGCUUCAGCCGCUUUAAAACAAGACUAAACAGAGUUGUGUUGUACUACUUUUGCAUGAAAAUAUGUUGUUUUGCUUGAUUUACAGACUGAUACGUGAAGUGUGACGCGAAUAAGCGCGAGGAGAUGGAAGAUAAAUAACGUGGUGCAUGGAUGCAUGCAAUACCAAGAAACAGUGGAUCAAAUUAGCCAUGUGCGCGGAGCGUGAGGGAAUAUAGUUAGUUAGUUGGUUGUGAGCUUGUUGCAGCGUGUAUAUAAGCUGCUUCUUCAUUAUGUAAUGCAUGUUAUUGAAUUAAUGCAAAAUAUCUCUUCCCCUUCCUCA